AUGCACAAGCAACAGUUCCAGUUCAAGAUCGAGGCGAUCAAGGACUUCGAGUUCUUUCGAGGAUGGUACUUCCCCAAGCAAUGGCGAGACCGCAAGCUCCUCUUCUGGCUCUUCGCAAUGGAGGCUCCCAUCACCAUCACCAUCCUCACCCUGACCGGUGUUGCUUCUCACAACACAUACCGCACGUUGUUAUGGGAAGAUGGCUACAAGAACGGCUUCAACAGUGCGCCUAAUCAAAGUCUUUAUGCCGCUGCCAACUAUGAACCCUAUACGGCUCCCCUCGUGUGGUCAAGUUUCUUGACGAACUUCAACUUGGUCAUCGGUGUCCUGAGCGUCUUCCUUCUGAUCGUGAAGAUCCCCGUCCACUUCAUGCACUUGUUUUUCCCUCCUUUUGCCACAUUUGUCCACGCAGGCUGUAUCGUCGUAUAUGCCUUUGCAGCUCGGUACCAGGCCGGUCCGGAUAUGUCAGACCCCAGCCAGCCCCAACCCGGAGCACCAUGGUACAUCACCAAGAGCUGCAGUGUCGCCUACUCGAAAACGGAUAUCGGAUUUUGCAACCAGGCCAAGGCUCUCUUCGCCCUGUGUAUUCUCAUCAUCCUGAUCUACUUCGUCGAACUCUGCUUUUCCGUCCGCUCCUGCUUCAUCACCCGGGAAGAGCGCGACCAGAUUAUCGAGACCCGCGAGGACAAGCGCGUUGAGAAGGAGUUCGAAGAGGAGAUCAUGAAGUCUCCUUAUUACCCAACAACCCCCGGUCUGGUCCCUCGUACCCCCGGCUUCCCACCCCAAGUUGCGCAACCGCCCGGCUUUGGUGGACAGGGAGGCGUGUACCCCUUCACACCUCGGCACUUGGCAUUUAACCGACUCGGAAGUGAGGCUUCGGAUCUACCGCUGCGUGAGAAUGGCUCUUCUAGCGCUCCUUCUCCGCACACAACGCACCAACCUUCUCCGGAUGGGUCGCAGUCGCAGAUGUACUUCCCGCCUCCACCGAAGAAGGCUUCGAAGUAA